AUGUCUGAAAACCACAAUAUUUUGCAUUAUAUGGAUGAUGUUUUUAAUAAAAUUAUCAGAGCUCAUAAUUCAAAUGUCAUCAUUGUUAAUCGAAACCCAACAAAAUUGCUAAAGACAAACAUGCUUCUAGAACAAGCACAAUUCAGUUACUCCAACAUUUCAAGUUUUGCUGAUAAAAUCAAAGUGGUAAUGAGCAAAAUAUUGAAGGAUGAGCCUGUUGAAUCCAUAAGAUUAAAAGGAAGCAAGUCAGGAGAGAUAUUUGUGACAUUCGACGAUAAUUUAGAUAUUAUAGUAUUUGACAAAUGGUGUGUUGAACUUCACUUCGUUGCACUUCGUUACGUUCAACUGUUUAUAGAUCACAGGAGGUUUAUAGGUUACAGGUGUGUUGAACUUCACUUCGUUGCACUUCGUUACGUUCAACUGUUUAUAGAUUACAGUAGGUUUAUAGGUUACAGGUGUGUUGAACUUCACUUCGUUGCACUUCGUUACGUUCAACUGUUUAUAGAUUACAGUAGGUUCAUAGGUUACAGGUUACAGGGUGUUGAACUUCACUUCGUUGCACUUCGUUACGUUCAACUGUUUAUAGAUCACAGGAGGUUUAUAGGUUACAGGUGUGUUGAACUUCACUUCGUUGCACUUCGUUACGUUCAACUGUUUAUAGAUUACAGUAGGUUCAUAGGUUACAGGUGUGUUGAACUUCACUUCGUUGCACUUCGUUACGUUCAACUGUUUAUAGAUCACAGUAGGUUUAUAGGUUACAGGUGUGUUGAACUUCACUUCGUUGCACUUCGUUACGUUCAACUGUUUAUAGAUUACAUUAGGUUUAUAGGUUACAGGUGUGUUGAACUUCACUUCGCUGCACUUCGUUACGUUCAACUGUUUAUAGAUUACAGUAGGUUUAUAGGUUACAGCUAA